AUGUCCGCGGCCGCCUACAUGGACUUCGUGGCUGCCCAGUGUCUGGUUUCUAUUUCGAACCGCGCUGCGGUGCCGGAGCAUGGGGGCGCUCCGGACGCCGAGCGACUGCGACUCCCUGAGCGCGAGGUGACCAAGGAGCACGGCGACCCGGGGGACACCUGGAAGGAUUACUGCACGCUGGUCACCAUCGCCAAGAGCUUGUUGGACCUGAACAAGUACCGACCCAUCCAGACCCCCUCGGUGUGCAGCGACAGUCUGGAGAGUCCGGAUGAGGAUAUGGGAUCCGACAGCGACGUGACCACCGAAUCUGGGUCGAGUCCUUCUCACAGCCCGGAGGAGAGACCGGAUCCUGGCAGCGCGCCCAGCCCGCUCUCCCUCCUCCACCCUGGAGUGGCUGCGAAGGGGAAACACGCCUCCGAGAAGAGGCACAAGUGCCCCUACAGCGGCUGUGGGAAAGUCUAUGGAAAAUCCUCCCAUCUCAAAGCCCAUUACAGAGUGCAUACAGGUGAGCGGCCCUUCCCCUGCACGUGGCCAGACUGCCUUAAAAAGUUCUCGCGCUCGGACGAGCUGACGCGCCACUACCGGACGCACACGGGCGAGAAGCAGUUCCGCUGCCCGCUGUGCGAGAAGCGCUUCAUGAGGAGCGACCACCUCACCAAGCACGCGCGGCGCCACACCGAGUUCCACCCCAGUAUGAUCAAGCGCUCGAAAAAGGCGCUGGCCCACCCCUUGUGAGCGGCGGCGCGCGCCCGCCGGACCCAACCGCGCCGGCGCCCGGGGACACGGCUGGCCGCCAGGGGGCGCGCUGCGGGGCGCGCGGGGCCCUGCCCGCCGCCGCCGCCGCCGCCCCCGCGCUCCCCGCCCCGCCGCGGUUUCUGAAAAGCACAGCGCAGCCCGCGACCCAAGCCCAGCCUGGGGCCCCUCGCAGAGGCAGCUCGGAACCGUCUCUGACUGCUGCAGGGAAGGCGGAUGCUUUGGUUUUGGUUUUUUUCUUUUUUUUUUCUCUCUCUCUCCUUUAUUUU